AUGGUAUUCAUCAAGAGAAUAUUAAAGCCAAAGUCUGUGUGCACAGAGAGACCAGUCAUAGAAAGCAUCGAUGAGGACAUCGCAGUAACGUUCUCACAGGCUGGACUAAACCUACCACACGCAAGAGAACACUGUAAAUUCCACAAGUUUACUCUAGUAAAUGUUCAGCUUAACACGCAGAUGUCRCGUAAAAUCUUUGGGAUAAAUUGUUUGUUCUGUGAAAAGUGUUACUGCUUUGUCUGUGACAAUCUGGCUUCCAAGUGCAAUCUGUGGACAUGUGGGGACUUGCCACACUGUAAUGCAUUUGCUAAAAACUCUACAUGGGAAAGACUGCGAGCAAAGUUUAAGGAGUCACCCCCGAUUUUUCAGCUUCCCCAGUUUAASACUCUUCUAAAGAAUCACCCAACACUAUUUCGGCAGUGUACGCCCCAUGCAGAGACUAUAACAAUAAAAACGGCUCAGGAGUUAAAGAGAUGCGAGGCACAAGCCUCCCAGAUAUUUGCGAAUACGCCCUGCUUUUGUAACUGUUACUGUCAUCGUCGUCAGUUGAUCAAAGUCUUGCCAUUGUUUUGUUCGCCAUGUAAACUUUACCACAAGGAGCAGAUAAGUAAAUGGACUUCACAUGAAGAUUGGGUGAAUAAUGCUAUUUUAUUAAGCACGAAGACUGCUAUCCAGGCCUUUAAUAACUACUUGAAGGGAAACGAUAUGGAUUCUGCUUGUGUCAUUCUUGAAGGAUUGACACGAACCUUUUUCGACCUCACGCAACUACCUUGGCAAGUAGAGACUUCUGUGACACUUUACAAUGCGAUCACGUUAAGUUUGAAGAAAGCCUGGGUAGAAAUCAUUGUUCGCCCGACGCUAAGUAUUCAAAUGUACCAAUGUAUUAAAGAUGAGUUAAGCAGACUGUUGCUCCACGCAAGCAAAAUACAAGGUUGUCCAACGAAGAACAUAACAUGUCUUCGAACUCUGAUCAGCGUUAAACGUUGGCGAAACUCAAUCCUCAAACAAGUUAUAGCAGGAAGCAGCGUCUGGAAUAUGGAGGAUGUUGAUGUUGCCACUGCGAGAUUAGAGUUUUUGUGUGGCACUAAUUUCCGGCUCCAUGUUGAAUGA